UGCAGCUCGAAAAAUUCCAAACGAGUAUCGGGCAGCACGAAUAAGCUGCUAUAUAAGCAUCGGUCGGGUCAAAAUUGUUCUAUUAUAAAAAGACCCUUCUCAAAGAGAACAUCGUGUUGUUCGUGAUCCCUUACAAACGUACCCCAAUCAAAUCUAACCAUGUCUGGCCGUGGAAAGGGAGGAAAGGUAAAGGGAAAGGCAAAGUCCCGUUCCAACCGUGCCGGUCUUCAGUUCCCCGUUGGCCGUAUUCAUCGUCUCCUGCGCAAGGGUAACUAUGCCGAGCGCGUCGGUGCCGGAGCACCCGUGUAUCUGGCAGCCGUCAUGGAAUACUUGGCCGCUGAAGUGCUUGAGUUGGCCGGAAACGCUGCCCGUGACAACAAGAAGACGCGCAUCAUCCCGCGUCAUCUGCAGCUGGCCAUCCGCAACGACGAGGAGUUGAACAAGCUGCUGUCCGGAGUAACCAUCGCUCAGGGUGGUGUGCUGCCCAACAUUCAGGCCGUGCUGCUGCCCAAGAAGACCGAAAAGAAGGCUUAAACGGUGUGACAAAGCUUCCUUCAUCUCAAACCCAAAACCGUCCUUUUCAGGGCGACAAAUUACUUUGCCAAAGACAUUUUAUUCGAUUUAUGCUGUUAUGGGAGAACCAGAAGGAAAAAAAAAUCCAGAUAUAUCAAGAACCGUGCUUGAAACUGUGUACAAAAUGUAAAUGAAAAAAUGUGCCGUCCUUUGGCACAAAACGCA